GCGAAGUUGGGGGCGCGGGUUUGGAAAUUAGAAUAUAAGGCUGAAAGCAGCUGCUGCUGACAGCCUUGUUUCCAGUUUUCUUUUUUUUUUUUUCUUUUUGGGGUCUAUUUAAGUAUUAAUUCUGUCACUAAGGCUUUUUCCUUAGUUGUCUUUGCAAAGCGAGUGGCAUGGCCUCGCAGUGACUUCCCCGAGUGACCCUGGAGGAUCAAGGCCGGGUGUGGUGGAGGCGAGGAAACGGCUUUUAAUUUAGCUGAAACUCGGGAAACCAAGGACUGUCCUCCUCAUUUUGGAAUUUAACUCGGCAGGAUCGUCGCGAUUUCCUUGAGCACCUAAAGGUCCCGGGACUUUGUGGGUUGCUAUUCAUUGUGAAGAUACUGCACACUGUAACUGGGACGGGAAAAAAAAAAAAAAGUUUCUUUUGGAAAACUGAACACGGAAAAAAAAAUGCCGAUUUUCCCUAAAAUAUCUUUGAGGCCUGAGGUUGAAAACUAUCUUAAGGAGAACUUUAUGAAUGAGGAGGUUUUAGCUGUUUCAAGUAAACAAGAUGCACAAGAAAAACUUGAAGCUCUGUUAAAUCACCUGUCACAUCCUCCAUCAUUCACAUCUGUCAGAGUAAAUACACAUUUAGCCUCAGUACAACAUGUAAAAAGUCUUUUAGUAGAUGAACUUAAGAAGCAGCUUAAUGGAUUAAUUGUUCCUGUUCUUCAACAUCCAGACCUUCAGGAUGUCUUACUUAUUCCUGUUAUUGGACCUAGAAAGAAUAUAAAAAGACAGCAGUGUGAAGCCAUCGUUGGAGCCCAAUGUGGUAGUGCAGUAUUAAGAGGAGCUCAUGUCUAUAUUCCAGGAAUCAUGUCAGCAUCAAAAUUUAUGAAAGCUGGAGAUGUUAUUUCUGUGUACUCCGAUAUUAAAGGGAAAUGUAAGAAAGGAGCCAAAGAAUUUGAUGGAACAAAAGUAUUUCUUGGAAAUGGGAUUUCUGAACUAAGCCGCAAAGAAAUCUUCAGUGGGCUACCUGAAAUGAAAGGUAUAGGCAUAAGAAUGACAGAACCAAUAUAUCUCAGCCCUUCAUUUGACAAUGUACUGCCCAGUUACUUAUUUUUACAGAAUUUGCCAUCUGUUGUAGUAACUCAUGUUUUAAAUCCUCAGCCUGGAGAAAAGAUUCUAGAUUUGUGUGCAGCUCCUGGAGGCAAAACAACACAUAUAGCAACACUAAUGCAUGAUCAGGGAGAAGUAAUAGCACUGGAUAAAAUAUCCAACAAAAUAGAAAAAAUCAAGCAGAAUGCUUCAUUAUUUGGAUUGAACUCCAUCAAGGCAUAUUGCUUUGAUGGAACAAAGGCACUUAAACUUGAUAUGAUUGAGAACACAGAAGGAGCACCUCCAUUCUUACCAGAAUCUUUUGACCGAAUUCUCCUUGAUGCACCCUGUAGUGGAAUGGGACAGAGACCAAACAUGGCUUGUACUUGGACUUUGAAGGAAGUAACAUCGUAUCAACCGCUACAGCGAAAACUCUUUUCUGUGGCAGUUCAGUUGUUGAAGCCAGGGGGUGUGCUAGUUUAUAGCACAUGCACUAUAACAUUGGCAGAAAAUGAAGAACAAGUUGCCUGGGCCCUCACAACGUUUCCUUGCCUUCAGCUUCAACCCCAGGUGGACACUAUAUCUUUAUUUUAUUUGUAUGUGGUGCUGAGGAUCGAACCCAGCGCCCCGCACAUGCCAGGAACCACAAAUUGGAGGAGAAGGAAUGGUGGGAGCUGGCCUAUCAUUUGAACAAUUGAAACAGCUGCAGCGAUUUGAUCCAUCCGUUGUGCCAUUACAGGACACUGACAUUGAUUCUCUCAGAGAUGCCAGCAUAGAAGACAUGAUUUGGCUGGCAAAUAAGGAUUGUAUAGGAUUUUUUAUUGCAAAAUUUCAAAAAUGCAAAAGCACAUUGGAAAAGGAUCCUCAGAAAUAAAAAUUCCAAACAUU